GUACACACGAGUUAUCUAGGAAAUAGCGACUUAUUAUAGAUUCUAUUGACAUUGACAUGACGUCAUUGAGAUAUACAUGUAUUCAGUCUGGACGACACUUUUACAUUUACACAUUUCAUUGAGGAAAGGUGGGAGGAAGAAAGCACAGAAAGAAUAGAAAACAUAACAUACACAUUUGAAAAUAAAAAGAACGCAUGGGUAGAAGAGCGCCAAGACGAAGCGAAAGGAAAGGUAGAAUUAAUGGGAGAGAAAUAAAGAGAACGGAAGUAAAAAUGUGGCUAUAGCUUUAAUCAUCUAAGGCGAAACGAACUUCGUCGCUGUUGUUUCUAUCAGCUGUAUGAAGGAAAAACAGGGGGCUGUUUUGUCUUCAUUUUGAUAAAACAGAUUAGUCAGCAUGACGACCAAGCGUGGAUUGAUCACCGAUUCCUUCAAAGUGGUGAAAAGAACCAGGAAAGGUGGGAAACGGGCGAAGAGGCCGACUCCUCCUCCUCCCCAGAAAGAAGAUGACGCUGAAGCCAUCAGAGAAGAGCAGCUGCAGAAACUCCGACAGUUUGAUCUGGACUGGCGAUUCGGCCCGUGCACAGGAAUCAGUCGGCUGCAGAGAUGGGAAAGAGCAAACCUCCACGGUCUGAAUCCACCUGAGGACAUCAAAGAGCUGCUGCUACUGCAGACGUCAGCAGACUCAGAGUUCAAGAUGAGCCUGUGGAGAGAAUAUCCAGUGUAAGGAGGAGGAGGAGAAGUCAUGUGACCAGAAUAUGGCAAAGAUCUCCUCAAUGCAGAGCAUGCAUUUUUACAUCAUGUGCUCAUUUGCAUCAAAGAACUGCUGGACAGAAUUCUGUUUCCUUGCUGACGCCCAGAAAGAAACCAUGGCUUUUAUUGCUCAUCAUGUUGUUGUUGUUGUUGUUUUUUUUUUUAACUUACACUACUGCUAACCUGAAUGUUUUUUUUUAAUACAAUUGCAACUCACAAA